AUGCUUCACCUGGAGGAGCAUGUGUCGGACGCCCGAUCACCCGAAAGAGUCUUUACAUGGACUUUAACUCUAGCUGUGGUGGCCUUGGCGUUCAGUUUCGUCGAUUCGUUAGCUAUAUACCUUAUGGCGGUGACUAUAAUCACAGAUAUUAACACUGAUGUUGGGCCUAGCCCAUCAUACUCUUGGAUCGCUUCAUCCUAUACUGUCGCUUAUGCCGUCUCUUCUGUACUCUAUGGUUCUUUAGCCGACGUAUUCGGGCGGAGAUGGUUCGCGGUGUCGACUGGUCUAUUCCUUGGAUUAGGUGGUCUUAUUGCAGCAUUGGCUCAGAAUGUUGGGACUGGUGAGUCAGUGCACGUUUCAUGGAGGACUACAAUCGCCAACAUUACCAAGUGA